AUGCGACUAUCACAGGUCGCUCAAGGCAGCGCUCUUACGCAGGCCUUGCAGUCACAAGAGGAGGAUGCUACCUGCUUGGCUAGGAAAGCUGCCGAGAGGACUUCGUUGCGAUCAAGGUUCAAGAAUGAACAACGUUUGAGUAUGAACGCACAGGCUGCAGUAACCGCCUCUGCAUCUCGGGCUUCCGAGAUUCAUCAUCAAAGGCUUCUUCCUAACGUAAGAAACGCUGCUGCCACUGCGAAAUCAAGGGCAAUAGAGACACUUAACCGCAAGCCCUCCCGUCAAUCCAGGGAUGCUGCUGCAACGAGCAUUAGGGCUGCUGAGACUCUGCUCCGUAGGUCUGUUCGAAAUGCUACGAAUGCUGCCACCACUGCCAGGUCGAGAACAGCUGAAACAUUUGACCGCAGGCUCGCCCGUCAAUCCAGGGACGCUGCUGCAACAGCUAGGUCGAGGGAGUCCGAGACAGAACUGCAGCGGGCAACCCGCAACGCUGUAGCGACUUCUGCUGCCAGAAACUCUGAGGGCCCACAUACAAGGGCAAACAGACUUUCAAGGGCUGCUACAAACAUGGCCGCUGUGCACUUAUCUCAAAUUCCCCAAGCUCGCCGCAUACGCCUCGACGGCGACAUUCAGCGCCUUGCGGCCGCCCGUAUUAUUACCUGUCCCAGUAGCUCUUUUUGGUCUUUCUUGGCUUUUAAUUACGACCCCGGCAUUAACUUAACUACGCGUGACGACAUCAAUUGGGCCGGGAAGCCUACCAGUCUGUGCUGCUCCUCCGGCAAAGUUCGACUGCCACUUCUGCAUGAACCACCUACUCCGCUGAGAGGACUAAUAGACGGCUCCCAUCCCGACUCCAACCACUUCCUUAAAAUAAUUAGGCAAUACAACUCCUCUCAAAUGACCUCAUUUGGGGCUCAGGUGGUUCGAGAAGAAGGUUGGAUGCCCAAUUUCAAAGUACAGGGGCAGUUAUACCACCGCAUUAGGUCUCUGCUGCCUGAGGAGACCUCUACGCCUAAAUUCCUUCAAAUGUACUUUAUUGCAGACUAUAACCUACAGGCCGAAACCCGAAUUGGUAAUUUGCCGCCGUCGGGAAGAGUUCCUCGCAGAGACGUCAUACUGCUACUUCAGGCCAUGUUUCACGAGGUUAACAGCUACAUUCACAGUUUCAAAUAUGCUUUGGAAAAUGCUCCCUUUCCUUCCUUCAGUAUUGUAAAUGACGUCGACAAACGGCCUCAUGAUGGACACGGACUCUGCUACAAUGCUCCUGCGUGCAACGAAGUGGCUGCUACUAUACAUGGGGAACAAGACCUCACUCGAGAUAUUGUCCUCAAAUCAAGAGGCGUCGCUCUUCGCAGGAUUUCAGAGAUCCAUCGAUCAUACGACGCAUUGCAGUACCCUUUGCUUUUCCAUUAUGACGAUGGCUACCACUUCGGCAUUCACCUUCAUAUUCAGGGUGGCCAGUCUACAACGUCUCCCAGAGCCUUAUCGUGCAAGGCCUUCUACUCAUACCGUUUCAUGGUUAGGGAUGGAGACUUCAACCUGCUUCAUAGAUGCAGGGAGCUUUUCCACCAGUUUGCGGUUGACAUGGCCGCUAAGAUGGAAUUGGAGAGGCUUUGUUUUAUAUGGAAUCAUCAGAAACAGCUGUGCUCAGACUCCUACGUACACUUACGCGACAGCCUUCGAAAUUAA